UUCUUUGUAUAUCUGCAGUACUAAAUUAUAUUGGAAUACGAAUGUUUAAAAGAGAAAGCCGAAUGGAACUUCCUCAAACUGAUACAAUAAUUGCUACUUCCAAAGUUCAACAGACCGUCAAGAAAAGCGUUCAACUGGGAAACGAAGGAGCUAGAUACAUAACAGAGAAAACGUCAAUGAAACAUCAUAGAACGCAAUAUAUUAACAAAGCGAAUGAUAACAGUGACGGUGAUAGGAGACCUAACGAAACUUAUUAUUACAGGAAGGACGAAGGAAGUGACUAUAUCAAAACUAUAUAUAGAACGCACAAGUUGUUAAAUGACAAUGGACAAAAUCUUACAGCAAAACAACGUGCAAAGCUUGUUAGGGAAAGAUGUGAAAUAUUUCUUAAGGAAAACAAUUUACGACUUUAUCCCAAUACAAAAUGUAAAUCCGAUAACCAAUUUAUGGUAAGUCGUCGUUAUGACUUAGUAAUUUGCUAUAACUGUAAAGUGGCGUCUACAAACAUAAAACGCGUGCUUUACGCACUCGACCACAACUUUACUAAUAUUAUCAACAGUGUUCCUGGACAAAACGUAUCUUUAUAUGGUAAGCAGAGCAAGAAGAGGUUCCAGCAAAUUUUGUCUGAAAAGCGGCGUACUAAUAUAAUAUUUAUACGAGAACCACUAGAAAGGUUGCUAUCUGCAUAUAGAGAUAAACGGGCUUAUAGGAGUGAAUUCAAAAACCAAUCAUUUUCAUUUAGAGAGUAUUUACAACUGAUUAUAAACGAAAAUAUGACUGAAAUGGACAGACAUAUUUAUCCAUAUUUUGAAAGGUGCCGGCCAUGUGAAAUGCAAUAUGACCUAAUUGGUCUCCUAAGCAAUUUUAACGAAGAUUUUGAAAUAGUGUUUCAAGAGAUCGGCGCCAGUGGAAAAGUUGAAAUGCCGAAAAAGAUUGAAACGGGUUAUAAAUCUGAUUCAAGUGAUAAGUUAAAACAGUAUUAUCAAAAUAUUCCAAAUAGUUUGAUUAACAAAUUGUGGUUAAAAUAUUACAAGGAUUAUUAUAUUUUUGGAUUUCCUUAUCCAGCACAUUUGUUGAAAUGAUAAAGUUAAAAGUGGUAAAUGUUUUUCUAAAGUCCUAAAUUUUAAAGAAUGGUUAAGACUGAGUUUGUUCGCUUUGGUUCACCUAACUAGUUUUGCUUGAUUCAUUCUGUACUACUACUUACUUCAAACCCACCCGCUUAGCUCAGUAGGGAAAGCGCAGGUCUACGGAUCACGGGGACUUGAGUUCGAUCCCCGGGAGGGUCGUGUGUUCUCCGUGACCAUUUGAUAAAUGACAUUGUGUCAGAAUUCACUCAUCUUCCACCUCUGAUUCAUAUGGGGAAGUUGGCAGCUACUUGGUGAGAACAGGUUAAUACUUGUACAGGAUCAUGAAACACUGAUUAACUGUCCGCCGUUACAAAAGUUAAAUACUUUUGAAAAAUGGCGUUAAACCCAAAACAAACAAACAAAAUUACUUACUUCAGCUGAUCAAGCAGCUGCAAACUAACACAUAUGAAUCAGAGGUAGGGUACGAAUGAUUUUUGACUAAAUGCUAUUUAUCUUUCGACCUGGAGAAAACACUUCUCGUCCUGGGAUCAAACUAACGACGAAGCAUUUCGUAUAUCUGCGCUUUCCCUCAGCAGGUGUUCAGAUUGCGAUUUAUUAAGUUAUUAUCUUACAUUUCAGUAUGACAAAAGUACAGUACGAGAAACGAAAUUAAAAUGUAUUAUGAGCUUAACAGCUGUUCUAACAUUUUAACAUGUUAAAUAUUACUAUACGUAUUGGCACUAAAGCAUGCACAGUCUAAUUAUAUUUUCAAAUAAUGUAAAUGCACUAGUAACAUGAUUGCCAGAAAGAACAUUCAUAUAGCAAACUUUCCUAUAUAUAUAUAUAUAUAUCAUUUUUCAGUUAUAACUGGAAAAUUAAAAUGUAAUCCAUGUUGUGUGUCAGAAUAAUUGUUGCUUAUUGCAAAACACCGCUAAAAGAACAAGGAUAAAUACCAAACAGGGAAUGCCUCGUUCCAAAAACGCAACCUCCGAAAAACGAAACCAACAGCACAUACAUAUACACACGCAUGCACACAAUGCCUACCAUGUGGACCCUGUAGUCUUAACCUUCACUGUGGACACUUCACUUUCUAGUGGUAUAAUUCAAAUAGAGAUGAUAAUUUUCUUACUCUAUCUUAUAGUUGAGUCUACUCAUUUGAUGAAUUACUGAAAAUAUCCAAUAUAAAUGAAAAAGGGGUAACCCACAUUAUGGCCACCAAUUAGUCGUUGUGGACACCAGCCUUAUAUGGUAGGAGUUCACAAGGCCAUAUGUUUCCACGUGUGCGCGUUUGCAUGCUUUCUAAUACAGGUAAAAGGUAAGGACAAAGGGUCAUUUAACACAUUAACACAGUAGUAUUUAAGCUAGUAGUUUUAUUACUGCUAAGAUGUAAACAAACACAGUACAAAGAAUGAACAGAUAUAUUCGGACCGCAAACACUUAAAACAUGUAAAUGAAUGAUAAUAGACUGAUAUUAAAACAAAAAGUAUGUACAAAUUCUGCAAGAAUUGUUUGGCAAAUAUAACUUAGACGGAUUGGUAAUUAUUUAGCUGUCAUUAAGAACGACAACCUCAUUUGAAGAACCACAAUAUAGUCAGUCUAGUCAUUUUUUCCUGAACGAACCCGUGCUAGUAAUGGUUCGAUAUUUCAUUGCCUUUUAACAUGAACAUUGAGCAAACACAAUAAUGUUCACGAACGACUUCUGGGGCUUUAUUGUCAAAAAUACACGUAAAAACAGACUGAUUUCAGUUUUUCUUCAAUUUUUAUAUUUCAUGAUGGACAUGAAAUUUGAUAUUCUUCCAGUCAGUGAAAGCAACAUGUUCUCAUUUGUCCUGGCACGUUUUGCAUUCCUCCUUGUUAGGAACUGUUAAACAGCGGAGAUUUUUGUCGAAUGUCCUUCGCACGGCCACGUACUGCUCCUGUGUCCAAGGAACGACUUUGAUCUUUUUGCCUGAUUUGCUGGAAAUUCUAAUAAAUACAAGAUAAAUGUUUCAGUUACUGUACUUUGUUAAAAACACACAAAAUCAUAGUACACAGAAUCAUAAAUGAUAAAAAUAAAUCAUAAAAAUAAACUUAGAGAUUAAAAUGAAUUUUAUUUAUCAUAUUCAAGAAAUAGUUCUAACUUCAUUUGAAGUUUAGAAAGUACAAGUAGUAAAGAAGAAAUAUUACGGUUUUUAAUCUUCAUAUUUAUGUCAAAAUUAUUCGAAUGGAGCAUGGCAAAAGGAAACUAUCACUGGUCGUAACAAAAUUAUGCAGUGGUUAUGUAAACACAAUACUUGCUAUGAGUUUGGAAGCCGAUGUAACAGCACUGAAGUUAUUAUCAUGACUUAUCGAACUAGAGACCAUCCUUUGGUAUUCACCUGCUCUGCGUUCUACAGGAGUCUGAAUUGGCUCAUUGUCGCAGUUUUCAUUACAAGCUAAAUCUGAAUGUGCAUCAGACCAAAACAAAAUGUAAUACUCGGUAAUGAUUAAAAAGCACAUCUCUUCAAAAUCGUCUUCGCACACUUAAUCUGAACAUACUAAUAUUUAUUUAUUUUCCUUCGUAGGCAUGUGCGUACAUUUUUUGGAGAAAAAUGUCUUGCUACAUCUCAAAACAAUAUUUCACAAAUGUUGUUGAAGAUAAAUUACGUUUAGAAUAGUGAAGAUUGAAAAGCGAGAGCUAUGUCUAAUACAACUUACUUUGCAAUUACUAGAAUUGAAAGUAUGAUAAUGCUUAAGCACCAUUUUAUGUUAAACUUUCUUUCCUUUUGGUCUGGUCCGAAUGCUCGUUACCCAGCGCUUAUCACUUUCCUCCUCUGAAUUAGAAUCUACAAAAAGACUGAAAAUCACGUAACACAAGAAUAAAAUCAGUCAUAUUCGUCAUUUAAUCUGAAAAUGUUUGUGCAGUAUGUACAAAUGAGAAGUUUAAUAGUGAUAAAGCUAAGACGUGAAUACGAGAACUACAUCUUAACUUUAAACUCCAAAGUAUCUAUCUCAUAAAUACCAUGUUCAGCACACGAGCUUCUAUCAAGUCUCAUUAGAGUGCUUGCAAUUUUCCCCAACUCCACCGCUGAUUUCUGGUCCUGUUACUGAGUAUACCAAAAAAACAGUCGUUUUUUGUGAUCUAUUAUGGAACUGUUAUUUGGUCAAACCAGGUAUUUGUUAAAUCAUUGAUAACAUAACAAUAAUAUUUAAAAAGUCAUGUAGACAUAUAUGUAUAAAAUUUUGAUAUUAAAUCCUUAUCAUCUUUUUAAUCAAUAUCCUUUAUAAAACAACUUUUUGUAAAGAUAAACGUUGAAUAACUUUCAUAUCUGUUGUAUAGCUGAUUCCAGUUUCUCUGACGGAUGGCUUUUUAUCAAUUUACCUUUUAGUUAAAAGAAGGAAUCUUUUCAGUGAAUUUCCUCAACGAUGUAAAACAAAUACGUAAUGGACAUUCAAGUUCCUCAAUCUCACAUCUCAGGCUUCUCAAGCAGACGUGUCCCUCAAUGUGUACAAGUCCAGAGGAUCGAAGGAACAAAUUUUGGUUGCCACGGCUAAUUCCUACAUCCUCCUGGCAUUCACUAAACAGGUUCAAUAUGCGUGUUAUCCCUUGCGUCAAAAUAACAGCCACAUUCCUUUCUCUUUUGCCCUGAAUCAUAAUAUCAUGUCUAUCCUGAGAAGAGUAUUAAUAGAUAACAAACUUUAAAUCGCUUAGCAAUCAAUAAUAUGAAAAUGUACGUAUCAUUAUAUUUUGUGGUGAGAUAUUUAUCACACUGAAUUGAGAAGAAAUAAAAUAAACAUCAGCCGCUAAAAGGACAGUUGAGCAUAUGGCGCCACAACUCGCAUCUCAAGUAAAACCCUUUACAAAUUUCACAAGGCUUAUAAUCCUGGAAAGUAUAGCUUUUCAGCAUCAUUAUCGCUAGGUCGUCUUGGCAAUAAUAAAUAGCCGAUUCCAGAUUCUCUCACCUUUAAGUUAUGUUUGUAAUCUCCAACUAAACGGUGUUUUGUGAGAACUGUUCAUUCUCAAUCUUAUCUUUGCCUUUUAGCAUUUAGAUUUCCAUCUCCCCUGUAUGAGCAUUUAGAUGUCGGCUGGUCUUUCCC